AACGAAAUUAAUAUCAGUCUCUAUUCAUACUUUGUAUACAUACUUUUUACUAUACCUGCAUUCAUACCAGGUACCUCUACAUAGUUUGUAUUUGCAUAGGCAGACUGUUGGUCUCAAAAACAUAACUUAUUUCGUUAGCGUGGCGCAUGGAGCUGUCGACGCAAGUCCUGAAGCGGCUCAUGAAGGAGCUGCAAGACCUUGUGACAAACCCUGCCGAAGGUAUCCGCGUUUUCAUCAACGAGCAGAACUUAACAGACAUUCAAGCAGAAGUUGACGGGCCACAAGGAACGCCUUAUGAAAAUGGGGUGUUUCGGAUGCGGCUAACGCUGCCGUCAGACUUUCCAGCCUCGCCGCCAAAAGGCUUUUUCAUUACCAAGGUGUUCCAUCCGAACAUCUCCACGAACGGUGACAUUUGCGUGAACGUACUGAAGCGGGACUGGACAAGCGAGACGACGUUGCGACACGUCUUUAUGGUCAUUCGGUGCCUCCUUAUCCAGCCAUUCCCCGACUCGGCCCUGAACGAGGAGGCAGGCAAGCUCUUGCUGGAGGAUUACGACGAAUACGACAAACGUGCACGGCUAAUGACCAAUAUUCAUGGAAUGAGUAUGGCAAAGCGUCCCACACCCACGCCGCUCACAACCAGUGGCGCGAACGCGGGGGGAACCAGCAGCUCGGAAACGUCCAAGAAGGAGAAGGAGGGUGCGACGGAAAGCUCGUCACCAACCCUUAAAAAGGCGAAGUCGGACCAGGGUAAGAACACGGCAACGGCAGGCGCCACCAGCACUAUGGCAAAGGUGAAGAAGGGCCUGAAGCGGUUGUGA